CGCACAAAAACUCCUCCCCCCAUACAUAGAUACAAAAAAGACAUCUUUUUCCUAGCCAUGUGCCAAUCCCCCGCUUCCAUUCCCACUGCCUUUAAGCUUUUAAUCGCCAUCAAUGAAUCCCCUUUCUUCAACCCCAAGCUUUCAUUCCCUCUUUCCCCCAAUUUCGCGGAAGCAAAAUCCCUCCUUUCCCUCGCCAUCCCUACCGUCCUCACUUACCUUCUUCUUUACUCACGCUCCAUGAUCUCCAUGCUCUUCCUCGGCCGCCUCGGCAGCCUCCCCCUCGCCGGCGGAUCCCUCGCUAUUGGAUUCGCUAACAUAACCGGAUACUCUGUUCUAUCCGGUCUUGCCGCCGGAAUGGAACCCAUCUGCGCACAAUCGCACGGUGCCGGCCGUCCAAACCUCCUCGUACUCGCUCUCCGCCGCUCCAUUCUCCUCCUCCUCUCUGCAUCCAUCCCCAUCUCCUUCCUCUGGUUCUCCAUGCGCCGCAUCCUCCUCUUCUGCGGUCAAGACCCAGCAAUCGCAGCCGACGCUCACUCCUUCAUUCUCUUCUCCCUCCCAGACCUCUUCCUCCUCUCCCUCAUCCAUCCCCUCCGCAUCUACCUCCGCUCUCAAUCCAUCAUCCUCCCAUUAACCGCCGCCACCGCAGCCUCCGCCUCCCUUCACUUCCCCAUCAACUACCUCCUCGUUCAUUACCUCCAUCUCGGCAUCCCCGGCGUUGCACUCUCCUCUGUUUUCACCAACCUCAACCUCGUCAUUCUCCUCCUCCUCUACCUCCGCUUCUCCGGCAUCCACCGCCGUACUUCCGCCGCAGAUGACACCUUCUCCAUCGCCGGCUGGCGAUCACUCCUCUCUCUCUCCAUUCCAAGCUGCGCCUCCAUAUGCCUCGAAUGGUGGUGGUACGAAAUCAUGGUCCUCCUCUGCGGCCUUCUCCACGACCCGCAAUCCACAGUGGCUUCCAUGGGCGUUCUUAUACUAACAACAUCCUUAAUCUACAUCUUCCCCUACUCGCUCAGCGCCGCCGUGUCGACUCGCGUGGGGAAUGAGCUCGGGGCAAACCGGCCCGAUAGAGCCCAACGGGCCGCCCGGGUUGGGCUGACUUGCGGUACCCUGCUCGGGCUCACAGCUUUUCUUUUCUCCUUCUCCGUUCGCAACAUAUGGGCCAGAAUUUUCACCACCGAUUCAAAAAUAUUGAAUCUCACCGCCACGAUGUUGCCGAUACUAGGGUUAUGCGAGCUCGGAAACUGCCCACAAACGACAGGCUGCGGCGUGCUGAGGGGUUGCGCGCGGCCGCGGACCGGCGCGAAUAUAAACCUCGGGUCGUUUUAUGGGGUCGGGAUGCCGGUGGCCAUUGGGCUUGCGUUUUGGGCCGGGCUGGAUUUAAAAGGGUUAUGGCUUGGCCUGCUUUCGGCCCAAGCUACAUGUCUUGGGUUUAUGCUCGUGGUUAUUCACCGGACUGAUUGGGAGAAGCAGGCUGACCGUGCGCAAUUGCUUACCGCCGGCGGCAGUUGUUCGGACGGAGAUGAGGAGGUGGAUUGCAAGCUAGUUAAUGCUAAGGUGGAAGAGAGUGAUUUAGGAUUUGUUUGAGAACACAAUCGCAGAUGGUAAUGACUGUUUGUCGGAAGUGGCUUUUGAAGGAAUUUGAUUAGUAUACUGAGGGAGGCGUCUGUCUUGGGUUUAUACUGUGGUCCGGGGUGGUUUGGGUGCUCGUAAGAGGUAUGGGACUAAACAACCCUUUGCAUUUU